AUGCGCGAGAUGGCCAUGCUCCGAGUGAUGCAACAUAUCACGGAACAACCCGGAUGGGACCAAGCGCUACUAGAUACGGAUGAGACUCGGCUCGCGCAAUGGCGCCAAGAGGCAGUAGCAACUGAAGAGUUUCUUAUCAGCGCACCAGCCUGGGAUUGGUGCAUCGCAGAGCUACGAGACAAGGCGCAGGCCUGGCAAGAAACCGGCCGCCUCCUAGUGUUUGAUAGCUCUUCUGCUGUAUGCCAGGCUAAUGUGCCACUGCUGCAGAAGGAUAUCCAGACAGAGGUAUCCCAGUUAGGAACGCAAGCCAGUCACGACUCUCCCCUGGUAGAUCCAUCCGAGUUCCCUCUUGUUUACGACCGGUCCCCGGUGUUGGUCGAAGGUGGACGGGUAUCCCUUCAUGACCCCUGGCUUUUGACCGGACAACCCGCGAAAGAGUUGCCGGUCCAUCCCCUUGAUCAAAUGCGUUGGCGGCCUCGUGAGGUAUCCCGCAGCAAUGGAGGGCCACAAAGCUGCUGGUCUAAUCGGUUUCAGUGGCUGCCAUGUGAGGUAGAAUUUGCUUCCCCAACCACAUCCACGCCUAAUGACACACCAGAUGUUCGCAUCACCUCUUACGUCAAUAAUCUACACCCGCAUCACAACCAAAAUUUAUAUGCGCACUUAGAACGACUCAUUUCUUGUUCUAUCCCUUCCUGGAAUGAGAUCUUGUUCUACGGAGAGGCACGCGGUCGUCAUCCGCCACGUAUCCUUACCUACGGUUGCCAUAUUGAAAACUAUCAAGAGAAACAUGAAGUUUUUGAAAACCUAUCUCCUAUGCUCCAUUGGAGUGACUUAUGUGAUUCGGAGCAGGAAUGGCAGGAGAAGUGUGAUCAGGUCCGCGAGUAUGUUUUGGGUCCAGAGCCACCCGUAUGGAAGCAAGCGAGACGUCUACCAAUGCUGCCUGCCAAUUUGCUAGAAUCACUUACCACUAAGGAUUGGGAAGAUCCGCGGCGAGUCAGCAGGAUCGCGAGGUCCAAACGCAUCCGUCGGGCCUGGUUUGAUCAUCCCGAGCCCGGGGUCUCAUUUUCCUACGAGCAAUGGAAGAAAGGCCAGUUCACCGGUCGAGCGAUCGUUCCACAGAGAAUAGGCAAGUUCCCGGAUCCGUUACACCACGACUACGUUCCAGUGUGCCUAGAGGACAAGUUCCAGAAAGAUGGACUACAGGUGAUAGUACAGAUUUCGCGCAUUGACCUAACCCCGGAGAGUCCGAGCUACAAAGGAGAGGCGUAUUUCCACACCGAAGGUCUACGGAACGAACAUAUUGUGGCCACAACUAUGUAUGUGGUUGAAGCGGAAAACAUCACACCAGCCCGGGUGGCGUUCCAGCAUGAGGACAAGGUGCACGCAAGCGAGUUGGAAUGUAAACAGCCAGACGCAAUGUCAGCGGUUCUAGAUGUUGACUAUUGGGAAUCAUUCGAGGAAACCCCUCCCCGGGGAGUGCACACCUUCGGUUCUGUUCCGAUGAUUGAGGGCCGUCUUCUGAGUUGGCCUAAUACCCUCCGUUCAAAAGAGGAGCCAUUCAGCCUAGUGAAUCCACAUCAGCCUGGUCACUUGACUAUUAUUAAGCUCCGGUUGGUUGACCCUCAUUAUCGAAUUUGUUCGACGCAAAAUGUGCCCCCGCAGCAGCAUGACUGGUGGGCUGCCGCGGCGCGGCAUGCAUCGAACUUGGACACCCGUUUGCCUCCGGAAUUGGUGCAUCUUGUGAUGGAGCAGACGAAAUGGUGGCCGAUGUCUACUAAGGAGGCACAGCGUCUGCGUGAAGAGUUUCGACGUGAUCACCAACGUGCAAAAGAAGCUGCCGAGAAAAGCGAGGGAUACCACCUUAGUGCGUUGCUUCCUUACGAUUCACCUACUGAUGCUACUGAAUCAACUGGGGUUGGGGCCGAAUCUCCUUAA